UACAUUGACAGUUUCUCCAAUAUUUAGUAGCGUUGUCGAUUUGUUUUAGGUAUUGCUGAGUGUGUUGGAAUUAAAAUAAUUAGUUCUUACCCUAUUUAAAAUAAACGCAACUGCAGACCUCAUAAACAAGAUAGUUUAUGAAGCUGAAACAAGCUAUGGAGAUAUCAGUAUAGAAACGGAACAAUAUCAUGGUUUACACUUGACAUUUACAGUGCCAGAUUUACACUGAGACCUUAAAUUCAAACGAGAAAAAAGUUUACACUGAAACGAAAGAUAGGUGUCCCCCCAAGCCUUUAUAAACAAGAAUUCAUUGCUCAUACAGGUUAAGCAAACGAAUAGGAAUUUCUAUACAGGAAGUUCACAUAGAGGAAAUAUUUUUAAAAAACUUGGUGGAACUCAACAAACAUUGUUGAACAAUAUCAGAAGAGAGCUUACCUGAUAGACAGUCAGAUAUCCAUUAACAUAUUUUUAAUCUUUAUCAGGCUUACAUAUACAUUUGAAACCGUGUUUUAAUAAGCAGAACAGACAACAGAACAAAUCUCUUUGGUAAAGUUGGGCAGAAUAUUAGAGAACAGACUUGAUUGAUACAUAUUUAUUUGUUUACAUCUCAUGGAGCACAUUUAGACGGAUUCAAACAUAGCAGGGGGAAUUAACAUGUUGUAGUUAACAAAAAGCUGCUUUUUUCACCUCUUACUUUUUUGUAUUUUGAGGUUCAUUUCAACUUCAGCUCCAAAGACCAUUUUUUUGGUCACUUUUGGAAUUCCACCAGCAAAGAAGAGCCAACAGGACAAGUGGGCCAAACGCAGUCAUUAAAAAUAAAAACUGGGACAUAUUCAUUCUUUUAUUUCCUGAAAGUGAAACGUUUACAACAUCUUCAAAUCCACACGUUUACAUAGGCUUAAUUGUAGGUUCAACGGCAUUUUGUGAGGACUCUAGUCAAGGAGAGAAGAAGAAAAAUCAGGUUCAACUAGAACCUAGAAAGAAGCUAUAUUUUUAUAUCAGUAUUUUUUUGGAUUGAAGGUGUCCUUUGAAUUUUUUUUUAAUUGACAGUUAUUAGUAUCUUCAGUGUUCAGUAUUGUUGAAAUAUUGAGCUUUAUAUAAAAGAUACAAGACUACCCCAGGGCACCAUAUGUUUUUUUGAAUUUAUUAGUGGUAGAAGUUUUUGAAAGUGUAUUAUUGACGCUGUUGCCACCGGUGGCUUACAUUUGCAACCUUUCAUAGUAGUGAAGUGCAGGUGCUUACUCUGUAAGCAGGUCCUGUAAAGAACAGUGCCUGUUGCCCAGGCAACAGCUUUAUGGUCUUAAAUUCAAUAAUUGUGUUUUAGAGCUGAAACAUAGCACAUUAUCAGUUUUCAUUUUUAAAGAUCUCGCUAUUGUCUUCAUUCUAAAGACAGCUAUCUAUACAUAAAAAUCCAGGAACUUCACAGAGACUGAAUUCUUCCAUGCUCUUAUUCAUCUAAGAGAUUCCCACCAUUUUAUGCCUGUACUGAAAAAUCUCGGUCCCUGAAAUAUUGUGAAUGCCACUGUAGCUCACUGAAGUAGGGAGCAAACACAAUAUUACACUGCUUCGUUUCAAAAUCAGUUAAAGUAGACACCAUUUUUUAAAAAUGACACCUACCACCUAUCACAGAUCACACCCCGUAUACCUCCUCCUUUUCUUAAUUUUUGCCCCCGUUAUUGCCAUGGCAACAAGCUCCACCGAGCGCCCUUCGACAAGUCACAACCCUGGGAGCUCUGCUUUACUCCUCCUGACCAUCCAUGGCAACAAACGGACAGUGUCAUCCUCGGGAAGGUCGAAACCGCCGAUCCAGGUGGCCGAGACGCCUCCAAAGCCCUUGCCACAAAUGAUGCUUCCGAAGAACAUGACCGCAGAGGCUCUCAAGCCGCCUCAUAGUGCCGCCCUGGCGCCGCCUCCUAAACGCCUUGUGGACAUGGACGUCUGCAGGGGCUACUACGAUGUGAUGGGGCAGUAUGACCUCACCUUCAACUGCUCAAAAGACACAUUCAUUUACUGCUGUGGGACCUGCCACUAUCGGUUCUGCUGCCAGCACCGCAGCAACCGCUUGGACCAGAACUCCUGCAACAACUAUGACUCCCCUGUGUGGGCCAACACCCCUCCUCCUGCCACCAUUCCCUUGGAUAACCGUCCUGAUCCAAACUUUGACCCUCUCCAACAGCAGAGCAACAACACAGUGUAUGUAAUUGGUGGGGUCAUAUCCUUCACACUGGCAGUGGCGGUUGGUAUUAAGGUGGCUUUCCACAAGGCCUCACGUCGGCCCAGAAACAGGGACAUCAAUGUGCCCAGAGCUCUGGUUGAUAUAUUACGCCACCAGUCGAGCCCAGUCCAGCAAGGGGAGAGGAAUAACAGCGUGGCUCUGGGCUCGGGAGGGAAUGAGGGGACCCUGGGUCGGGCCCCCAAAAACCUUUACACACCAGGCCUGCAAAGCAAAGACAACCGCAUUGGGAAUUUGCACCACAAUUUUAUUCAUCUGUCUGGCUCCAGCCCUAAACACACUGCAACCAUCGAGCGUGUGCCCCGUAUGAAUAAUGCCCAAUUGGCGUCUACAGGGACCCUCCUCUCCAGCAAACACAAUAACACCUCCAGCGCUCAUCCCUCCUUCCAUCAUUCUCUACACAACCUCGCCCAGCUACCCCCCUCGUACGAGACCGCCAUGAAACCCGAGAUCAACAGAUACUGCUCGCUGAAGAGGCUGGAAAAAGAUCUGGACGACUACUCUGGCUACUACACCUCCAAACGGCGGCCUAACAAUGCUCCUCCCUCAUUCCAUUCUUCUCAGCACCACCUCCACUGGGGUGGGGACUACACUCUCGGGGCCAGGGGUACGCUCCCUCUGCAUGCCUCUCGCCCACGAAUACACGCACCUUCUGGCCCCCCUGCAACCCCCAACCCAUAUCCCUUACAACCCCCUCAGUCGCAAUACAACCCUAAUUUCGACACUCUGUCUAAACCUCCGAGAAGAGUGAUGUCCCAAGACCAGUUGCUGACAGUAGGAGAAGGCAACACUUUGUCCAGGCUAUCUAAGAACCAACAGCACCAGUAUUACAAAGCUAUGGCAGCUGCGGCCAAGAGCUCAAACUCCCAGACCCUCCGGAAAUCUCAAGAGAGGCUCCUCAUGUCCCCUGAUCGUUUGGCAGAAAGGGUUGGUGGAGGGGUGGGCAUGGGCGACUUUGGAGGGAUGACCCCAACUCUGCCCCGCCUUACCCAUCACCAAAAAGCGCAGUCUCAGCAAAACGUCUGUGCCACCCCCUCGCUUGACCGACACCACAUGAUCAAGAUGAACUCCCACCCGACAUCAGGCAGGGAGCAGGAGAGGAACGUGGCUAUGACCACCCAUCAGGGUGGAGUUGUGGGCUGGGCGGAGGUACCAGGUGGGGGGACUGGGACGUUAGGCCAUAAUGCCAGGAGGUUAGCUUUCGCGGCUAAGAGGCAGAACACCAUCGAACAGUUACAUUUCAUUCCUGGCGGUGGUGGAGGAGGGGGGAGUGGGGGAGGGGGUGGGAAUCAAGGGCUGAGGACUGGGAGUAAAAAUGAGGUAACAGUGUGAGAGAGAGAGAGAGAGAGAGAGAUGGAGAAGAGAGGGUUGGGGUGUUUGAGUGGAAGAAGCCUGGAGGCAGACAGACGAGAGGUUGAGGACAAUGGGUGGAGAAAGGAGCUGAUAGAGAAAGUGAGAAUAUGGUGACAGUGAGAGGGGUAUGAGUAGAUACCGAAAAGGUGACAGAAUGAAAAAGAGAUAUUAGAGGGUGAAAUAUUAUCCUGCUAUUUUUAUAUUCGCAAAAUGUCAGCCAUAUUUCUUAUCAAAUUUUGCUUUACAUUAUGGUGCCAAGAGGAAGAUUGACAGAAAGGACAGGUAACAAAGAAGGAAAAAGGAACUCACGAGACUGAAAAAUGCAACCAAAUGCAGAGAAGAAAGAUUUUAUUUCUGUUACUUUGUGUUUUUGUAAGUGUCUUGGAAUAAAAAACAAACUAUUGAGCCA